AUGCCCGUGAAGUGGUUCUUCCACCCGGAGCUGCUCUACCCGUGCAGGCCGCUGCGUGACACCACUGCCGCUGUCGCCGCCGCCUCCUUAUUCCUGUCCGUGCCAACCACUGUCAGUGAAUGUAAAAGCUUCCAGCUCCACGGCGAUAGCAACUCCAUCGUGGUGGAGCUGUGGCCCAGUAAGACCUACAACUACAAACAUGUCUCUGGUGAAGUCGACGUCGACACCUCGCUGCACCUCUAG